UUCCCGUUCCCCUUCCCAGUUAUUUUCACUCGCGCCGUCACUCACAUCUCUCUGCAGUAACAGAAAACCGAAAUCGAAACCAAAAAAAAAGCACUUAUUUCCGACGCUAUGGCCGCGAUCGCGCGCCUGAGAGCGUUUGCGCCGCAAAUAAACGCGCUUUCGAACCGCGCUUUCGGAUCUGCUGCUGCGGCGGUGCAGUACCACUACGAUGAUGACGAAGAAGAAGAGGAGUACACUCAGAGCGUUGUCCCUGGCGCCAUGCUCGACGCGCAGGGUUCGGCGCCGGAGCGCGGUGUACAGUGGGUUAUGAUUGGUGAACCCGGAGCCAAGAGGCACGCCUUCGCUGAGAGGCUCUCGAAGCUUCUAGAAGUUCCUCACAUUUCCAUGGCCUCGCUCCUCCGCCAGGACCUCAAUCCUCGCUCCUCUCUCUACCAGCAGAUAGCGAAUGCAUUAGAUGCAGGAAAACUUGUUCCUGAGAAAAUCAUCUUUGGGUUGCUAUCAAAGAGGCUGGAGGAUGGAUACUCCAGGGGUGAAACUGGCUUCAUUCUUGACGGAAUCCCUCGAACGAGGCUCCAAGCUGAAAUUCUUGACCACAUUGCCGGCGUUGAUCUAGUGGUGAAUUUCAAAAGCGCUGAAGAGAAUUUGGUUAAGAAGAAUCUCGGAGCACCAAAGCUCUCUCCUUGUCAAGAGUAUAUCUUUAUGAGAUGCUCCAUGACUUCAUCCAAGCAGAUUCACAAUGAGCAUGUUCAUAAUCAUUUAGAGGAGCGCAAGCUGUUGGAAGAUUACUACAGGAAGCAGAAGAAACUUCUUAAUUUUGAAGUGGCAGGUGCUCCAGGGGAAACGUGGCAGGGACUUCUGGCUGCAUUGCAUCUCCAGUAUGUUAAUGCUCGCAGUUCUUCACAGAAGUUGACAGCCUGAUGGGCCAUCAUCGUUUGUCUCUGGCAUUGUCGGCAUCCUUGUUUUAUGUGAAUAUGAGGGCCAGAAUUCGAAGGAAAAUUUUUGUCACUGUCCCAUAUUAUUGUGUUUUUCAUUUUUUUUUGGUCCCCUAUAUUGGGAAAAAUUUUGAGUGUUAGUUUGCUUUUUUGUCCCCUAAGCCCUAAGGUAGAAAAUAGAGAGCAGAGAGAAUACGUAAUGUAUGAAACAAUCACUAAUCCUACAAGUGAGCCUGUGUUGUUUUUCGUGCAA